AUGCGCGUAGCAGCAUGGCUGCUGCUGCUGCUCAACGCGCGCGCCACGACGAUCUGGCCGGCGCCGGCCCACAUGCACGCGGGCAGCGGCAUCGUGGCCGUCAGCAGCGACGCCGAGUGGCGCCUGUCGCACCCGCGCUGCGAGACGCUCCGCGCCGCCGUGGAGCGCUACCGCGCGCUCAUCUUCGCGCGCGGCCCGCGGCCCGUCGCGCGGGGCGUGCGGCGCAUCGAUGUCGUCGUCGCCAACGCGUCCGAGGCCUACCCGGCGGACUGGUCGGCCGUCGACGAGAGCUACGAGCUCUCGCACGCGGAGGACGGCGCCGCGGUGCGCGCGCGGAGCCGCACGGUCUUCGGCGCGCUGCGGGCGCUCGAGACGCUGAGCCAGGCCGUGAUCUUCGGCGCCUUCGGCAGCGACGGCUACUUCCUGCCGUCGCCGUUCAAGGUGCGAGACGCGCCGCGCUUCGCGCAUCGGGGCCUCCUCGUGGACGCGGCGCGCCACUUCCUGCCGCCGCGCCUGCUGGAGCGGACCGUCGACGCCAUGAGCUACACGAAGCUGAACGUGCUCCACCUCCACCUGAGCGACCACGAGUCCUUCCCGCUGCGCCUCCCGGGCUUCCCGUCGUUGAAGCCGUGGAGUUGGCGCGAGGCCUACACCGUCGACGACAUGGCGCGCCUCGUCGAGUACGGCCGCCUGCGCGGCGUCGCCGUCAUGGCCGAGGCCGACUCGCCGGGCCACGCGGCGCCGAGCUGGUGCCGCGGCAACGCGUCGCAUCUGUGCGUCGCCUCGUGCGUCGCGCCGGACGGCGGCUUCAAGCCGCCGCUGCGGCCGGGCGCGGAGACGGAGGCGUUGGUCGACGGCAGCGUCCUGCGGCCGUGA